GUGCAGAAUGAAGAUGUUCAAGUUUGCUGUAGUCCUAUUUUUUGCUAUCCUAGCAACAUCUACCUGCAAAAGGGAUAGGUGUCUAGAGGGGGGAACUCACAAGCAGAGACCAAGCCCUGAGCCGGACAUCCAUGAAUGCACAUUGUACUCUGAAUCUUCCUGUUGCUAUGCAAACUUCACAGAGCAGUUGGCUCAUUCACCAGUAAUUCAAGUAAGCCACAGCUACUGGAACAGAUGUGGGAUUCUCAGUAAAUCUUGCGAGGAUUACAUGAAGAAAAUAGAAUGUUUUUACUGGUGUUCCCCGCAUGCUGCUCACUGGAUCAAUCCCAACUACACUGCUAGUAUUGAGUUUGUUCCUUUGUGCCAAAACUUCUGUGAUGACUGGUAUGAAGCAUGUAAAAAUGACUCCACCUGUAUCCGCAACUGGAUGACAGAUUGGGAAUGGGAUGAAAAUGGAGAGAACCACUGUAAAAACGAAUGCAUCCCCUACAAUAAGGUGUACGCAAAUGGGACUGAUAUGUGCCAAAUCAUGUGGGGAAACUCAUUUAAGGUGAGCAAAUCCUCCUGCCUCUGCUUGCAAAUGAACGAGAAGGAUGCAGUGGCGAUCAAGUAUUUAACUUCCGAAAGCGCGGAGGAGAGUUCCAGCAUCAGUAGCAGCGAGGAGCGUGCCUGCAGACGUAAACUGCGAAAGACUGAGCUAAUGGAAGAGGAAGGGGUAGAAAUAGAGGUGUUUGAAAUUCUGUGACAGAAGGGACCUGGUUCGAAUCCUCCCUGAAGAUCACCAGACUGAUGCCUCAGGAUGUCAGAGAAUGUUCUGUUUCCAUUCUCCACUGCCAGUAUUGCCAAAGUUAAACCAAAAUCUACACUAAUUGUAAGGGGACAUUAUCCUGAUAAUAGUGGAUCAAAUUCUGCCCUUGGUUACACUUGUGCAAUCUCUUUGAUGCUGGUAAAGUGCCAUGGAUCUGUCUGUUUUUCUAAGUUACCUAUCACAGUGAUGUCACUAGUGUAAUUCAAAAAGGAUGUGGUUUCAGUGGGCCAGAUUCUUGGCUGGUGUAAAUCAGAGGUAUGCUGAUUUACACCAGGUGAAUAUCAGGGCCACAGCUUUUAAAAUGUUGUAGCUCAUAUUAGCAAUAAAAUGAAGCAUUUU